GUGAGAUCAGAGCUGUGACUGAACUGUGACUCCGAACGGCCCCCACAGUGCUAGCAACAGCUGCCGGUGUCGAAGUCCUGCAGUUCUAAUGAGGCAUCGCUCAUAUGCCUAACCUGGAGCUGUUUCAGUCGAUAUUACAGCGGGUUGCUCAUCUUCUCUCGUGUUGACUUGUACACAACACACACUUGGACGUAACUUCAGUGAACAGGUCUUCUAAGUCUACUUCGUAGCUGUGUCAGCCUCAGGCAGCAACGUAUCAUCAUCCAAAAAGCCAUACUCUGUGCUUAACCGGCUGCGUAGCUCGUUGGCAAAUACAAUAGUCCGUUUUCACCUGAUUAGUCGACAUCAUCAUAGACAUCAAAUAUGCCUCUGGUCAUCGAGCCCGCCACGGAAGCGGAUUUGUCUGACUAUGUUGACAUUCAACACGCUGCUUUCGCUGACGGCGAGGUUGGCCUACUACUCAACUCCAGAGGACCAUUGACAGAAGCUCGUCGCAAGAUGUAUCACGAGCGAUCACUAAACGACAUGAAGAAUCCGACCUAUCAUUACAUCAAGUGCGUCGACACGGACCUAAAUAAGACCAUCGGCUUUGGUAAAUGGCGAAUCCAUCCAAAUGGCAGGACGCAACAGGAAGUUGAUGAUAGCUGGUAUACGCCGACGCCACAGCCAGAGAGCAAUGUGAAGGCUGAGCAUGACUUCUUCAUGUAUCUGAACGAGUCCAGGAGAGAUUAUAUGGGAACGAAGCCGGUUGUUUUCUUACAUGUGAUGGUCACACUUCCCGAGCACCAGGGACGAGGCGCCGGGAGGAUGAUGAUGAAGUGGGGUGUUGAUGAAGCAGACCGGCUUGGUCUUGAUGCAUACGUUGAAUCAUCAGAGGCUGGCCGUCGUUUAUACGAGAGCUUUGGUUUCAAAAUGCUGAAAGAGCGUAUAUGGAAGCUGGCAGACUACGGCAUACCUGGAGAUCUCACUGCAACGAAUGCGAUUCUCUGGCGCGACGCUCCAUCUAAAAAGGUGGUCUGAUUUGGGUUUCCGUUAUAGUUUCAAGAGUUCCAUGUGCAUGUUGGUAGAGGUAGACAGUCGUAUCAGGAUUGUAUACUGGUUACCUGUUCCAAUAUGUGGCAGGGCGGGCCUCGGUGGUUGUUCGUACAAGACGAAUGAAACAACUAUUUCCAGCAA